GGUUGGAGAACUCGACUGGUCAAUAUGAAAGUCUUGUGUAUUCUUCUCCUUUGCCUCACGGCGGCUGCGGCCAUCCGUCUUGGAUUCAAACGUGGUAGACGAUACACAUAUGCGUACGAAGGAUGGGUUGCUCAGGGAAUCGCCGAAGCUCUCGAAAAGGAUUUGGCUGUAAAGAUCGCAGCAAAAGUUCACUUUGAUUACCUCUUGAGUGGCUUGGUUAGAUUGACGUUAGAGGAAGUAAAUCUGCUGAAAAUUGCGGACAAGGUUUUGUACAAUGAUCGACUCGAAACAAUCGUUGGCCGAGGAGAGCGUUUGGAAAAUGUGAAAACUGCUCUUGUCAAAGCAUGUUUAGGAUCACCAGUCAAGUUUCGAUUCAAACGCAAUUUGGUUGAAAAACAGAUUAUCACCGAACAUGGUGUCCCGGAAUGGUGUUUAAACAUUCAGAGAGCCAUUAUUAACCAGUUCUAUCUGCCGAUCAGGGAUAAUGUUCUGAGGUAUCAAAUCCGAAUAAAUGAGAUCUCUUGUCUUGGAAAGUGCCCAACACAUUACACGAUCAUACCUUUGAGGCGCUACUUCAAAUACAAAGUAAAACGAGCCAUUGGUCUUUCACGAUGUUUUUAUGUGCCAUAUAUCCUCCGUCUCAGCAUGCCCAAUACAGAUGCGUUCGUAAUACCAAAACACGGCCGGGGAACAGCGAAAAUGUUGAAUAACUUCGAAAGAAAGGCGGCGUACAUGGACUACGACCUAGCCGGGAACAUGAAGGAUGGUUUCAUCAUUUAUCAAGUUGUCAGCGAAAACGUGGCAGAGCUUACGUUGAACGGAGAUGAAUACCAGGCUGGAAAGAUUGUAGCAGCCCACUCAAAACAGACUUUGAAGCUUUUGGCCAAACACAGGCGAAUUCCACCACAGCCAAAAAAAAUCAAGGUUGAAGUGAAACGCAAAGGUUUGAUGUUUGUUAUGGAUUUGGCAGAAGAACGUAUGAAAACUCCAGGUGCCCAACAACGUAUUUACGAGAAGGUCAGUGCGUACAUCAGCGCCAUCGAGGAAAUGGUCACUGAUGAUACCCUUGCAGCCGAAACAGCGAUGAAGAUCACAAGACUGGUGUCCAAGCUCCGACACUGCACGCUCGUCACUUUGAGAAAAGUUGUCUUGGAUAUCGAAAAAAUCACAAAAGAAGACGUGAAACGUGUCCUGCUUGGCGCUUUGGCUCAAGUUGGAACUGAACCGGCCGGCAUUGCUCUCAGAGAAUGCGUCAUCCAAGGAAAAUUCAUCAAACAACUGCCUGAAAUUACAUUUGGUGUAGGAUGGGUCCGUGGUCUGAACACUGCUUUCAUGAAACACGUUGUGGCAAUAUGUCGCCAUCAACAUGUCGUGAAUGACGCCAAAGCUUGUCGUAACUGUUGGUUGAGCUUCGGUACCCUGGUCAAUCGGCUGAUGGUUCAAAUGAGGGCUGAUAAGAGAAUGCGUUUCAAUCCGCAGUUAAUUUUCUUCAAACAUCAGAUUGCUAAGGUCCUCAUAGAUGGCAUUCUACACCCUAUUGACGCCGAUGCAAAAGUCACAUUUGUAAAGGCGAUUGGAAAUGCUGGAUGGACGACAAUGGAUGUGUUCAAAGUCGUUCGACAUCUUAUCAUUUGCCCAACGACUCCACUACAUAUCAAAAUACAUGCUGUCUGGGCCGUUAGACAUAUGGUCAGAGUCGUACCAAUUCUUAUUCGUCGAACGCUGUUGCCUGUUCUCGCCAACCCACUGGUAGAUCCGGAAAUUCGGGCCUCGUGUUACAAGGUCUUAACGCGGGUUGACCUAAACUUAGCGACCUAUCAAAUAUUAGCUGGAGUGCUUGCGCGGGAAGCCAUCGCCCUUGGACCUCGCAGCAACCAAUUUGUUUCCUUCGUCGUCAGCGACCUGCGAACUUCGAUCAAUUAUGAUAACAUCGAUAGAGUCAAGGCAUCUCGUGCGAGACUACUGCUUCGUAUUAUUCCUCGUGCGAUAUACUUCAAUCUCCUCUCAUACUCCAAAGCAGUAAACCUCCCGAUUGAUGCAGGUAGUAACAUGGGUGUUGAGUUGCGACUACACAAUAUCAUUGGAGCACAGUCGUUCAUACCAAGACACAUUCACACAAAACUGAAGGUGAACAUGCCCGGUAUUUCAGCCGACUUCUUCGAGUUUGGAGUUCGUAUGCAAGGAAUCCAUGAUAUCCUUCAAACAGUGAUGGGACCUAAAGGGAACCGACAGAAGAGAUCCCUCGAUAUCCUUAAAUACAUCUUUGGAGAAAAGAAUGAGAAGGAAGAAGAAGUAGAACCGGAAAACUUGAAAUAUGCGAGGAAACUCCUACCCAGACUGGAAAGUUACAUCAAAUUUUACGGUUCGGAGGUCUAUUGGGGUAAGCUGGGUAAAACCGAUCUUAUCAACAUUAUUCAUGAUGCGCUGUUUGGUGGAAAAACUACCAAAGAAGGAGGUUGCAUAUUCAAGGCAGGCGAGAUCAGUUGCAAUAUGCCGUUCAUCAGAGCUCAUAUGGUUAGCGAGAAACGUUACAUUGUCCCAACACUCGUUGGCAUACCUCUGAAGUACUCAGCGAAGGUCGCUGCAGUCAUCAAGACGCGUGUUGUUGCGAAUGUAACUGGAACCAUCGCCAAACUCGAAGACAUAAAAGCGAGAGUCAUUAUUAAGCCAACGACCUCAUUCCACAUGCACAACAAAGUAGGAAUAUGGCUGCCAAUCUUCGAAACUAGCGUAAUUGUUAAACAUAAAAUGUUCUCGGAACCGAAUAUUGAUUUUGUUCUCUCAAUCACACCAAAUGGAUUCAAUUUAGAAGCACCGAUCACCACUGCCGCUCAAAAGCUUCUGGUAUUGAGGCCUCUCGUGAGAGGUUUAAUGCGCACAGAAGUCGUUGCUGGAGACAGCCAGUGGAGUGAGAUUGAUUUGAUGUUGAUGAAACGUGGAUUCGUUACAGUUCCGCAGAAAUGUCUUGGCGAGCAGUACUUGAACGUAAUGUUGUGCAAGCGAGGUUAUAUUGUCGAUCCAGAAUACCUUCGUUUGAAACUCCUACCAACCUUGCCGUAUUACUGGCUCAACACCUGGGAUGUUGUAAUAAAGAAGGAUACGGAAAAUGUCCCAAAGAAGUUAAUUAUUGGAUACACGACAAACACCAACGAUGAAAAAGAAUAUACCGCAAUGGGAAAAAUAAUGAUCGAAGGAAAGAGGGAUACAAAGGUGACAAUGAAUCCAAUUUGUGACAAGAAGAAAUUGACAUGUACUACGAAUUGGGUGUUCCAACACAAGAAAUGCCCCGCGGGCUGCAAGGCUACCACUAAAAUUGAUUACACACAGAAAAACAGAGUGGAGUUAAACACAGAAUAUGGCGGAGGCAAGGAAUUGAACAACGAGAUUUUGGUUCAGAAGCAAGGAAAAGUGUUACGCGUUGUCAACACAUGGAAUGAAUUGCCACAAUGGUUUCUGGAGUACCUUCGUUUAAACCGCGUCAGCAUCAUCACAUAUCUCCACCGUUACUUCGGUAUCGAGGAAGUCGAGAACACAGAAAAACGUUGCGACAUCCAAGUUGAUUUGGUCAACAAAUUUCUUGCCGACAUCUUCGUCAACACGACAACAAUGAAUCUUCGUCGUAUCAACCAGAAACUCCCGAUUGCCGUGGAAGAUUUCUAUAUCCAGAACAGACUUGAAACGAUGAUGAAACUCUAUGGACAUUGUAUGGUCAAAAACACGAAUUUUAUUAAGACCACAGACGGGGUGAUCGUUAAGGCGGAAAUACCAGGCCCCUGUCCGUUUGUCCUGGCAGAGGACGCCAGAGGAGAGGAAGUUAAAUGGCGAAUUAUGUUGAUGAAGACUACCGCGCGUAGACAGAUCUUGAUCAUUGAAAUUGGCGGCAUCAAAAUUGUUUUCGGAGCAGACAAGUCUGUGAAGGUCGAUGGAAAGGCAAUUACACUCAAAACUGGCGGGAAUGUAAUCGCAGGAGGAAAGGUGGUCAUGGUGAAAGAUCAGUUGUUCUUCCAAGCAAAUGCUGGUUUCCAAUGUGUGUUCGAUGGUACCAUCACGAUCAUCCUAUUCUCUCCAUGGUAUCAUAACCGUAUUCGAGGUAUUUGUGGUAACGACGAUGGUGAGCAAUGGACGGACUUCCAAACACGACGAGAAACCUUCAUGCCAGAAAGAAUGACCAGAGCAUUCCUGAGAGAAUGGGUUGUCGAGGGCACUAAAUGCCAGGAUCCUGUAUGCAAAUUGAAGGCAGAACAUAUCGAGGUGAAUACGACGUUGGUUCCAAGAGGCAAAGUCUGUUUCACGAAUGGUCGUUUCUUACAAUGCAUGGCUCAAUGUACGGCGGCGAAGACAAACGUACUUCGGGGGACCCCCUGCCACUGUUUCGACGCCGGCGAUCCAUUGGUCGAUAAGAUCAAGAGUGGUGACCUCGACGUUGGCCUGGAAACGAUGUCUGUCGACCUGUUCCGACCAGUAAUCGAGCACGUUGCUUGCCAGUGCAACUGUCAAUAAUAAACUGGGACCUUCUCUCCCCAAAGGACUUAAAUGCAUGGACUCACAUUAGUUUGAUCACCUCGUAAAUUUUCAUUAAUCAUCGAAAGAACUCAUUCUUUAUUCAAUUUUAUUCUAUUUUCAAGGACCUUUGUAAUUUGUUUUGUUUCUUUACUUUUUUUAUUGAAAAUGGCCGAUAGGAUUGGAUAUAAAUUUAGGUGAAAAUUAAAUAAAAUACAA